GCCGCCGCCGUCCCCGUCGUCCCCGUCCCCGCCCCCGCCGUAGGGGCCGCCGCGACCCGCGGCACCGGCACCGGCAACGGUGGAGGGUUGGGGUGGGGGUGGGGGGGGAAGGAAGGGGGAGGAAGGGAGCGUCGCGACACCAUGUCGGGUCGCGACAGCGCGUCGGGUCGCGACAGCGUGCAGAUCCCCGACGACCGGGAUUUCGGGGCGUUCCGGGCGGAGUGCGAGUCGGAGCGGGGCUGGAGCCUCACCUACAGCAAGGCGGGGGUGGCCGUCUGGGUCCAGCUGCUGGAGCCCGAGCGCUCCCUCCAUAAGAUCAAGUGCAGGAUGGAGUGCAAGGACGUGCCGGCGGAGACGCUCUACGACGUGCUGCAUGACAUCGAGUAUCGGAAAAAGUGGGACACCAAUGUCAUCGAGACCUUCGACAUCGGGAAGCUGACCGUCAACUCUGACGUGGGCUACUACGCCUGGAAGUGCCCCAAGCCCCUGAAGAACCGGGAUGUCAUCACGCUCCGCUCCUGGCUGCCCAUGGGCACUGACUACAUCAUCAUGAACUACUCCGUCAAGCACCCCAAUUACCCCCCUCGGAAGGACAUGGUGCGAGCGGUCUCCAUCCAGACGGGCUACCUGAUCAAGGGGACGGGAGCCAAGAGCUGCACCAUCACCUACCUGGCACAGGUGGACCCCAAAGGUUCCCUGCCGAAAUGGGUGGUGAACAAAUCCUCGCAGUUCCUGGCCCCCAAGGCGAUGAAGAAGAUGUACAAAGCUUGCCUGAAGUACCCGGAGUGGAAGCUGAAGCACAACCCGCACUUCAAGCCCUGGCUGUUCCCGGAGCAGAGCCGGCUGCCGGCCCUGCCGCUCUCCGAGCUCUCCCUCCAGCACGCCGACUCCCUGGAGAACAUCGACGAGAGCUCCCUGGCCGAGACCAAAGAUGACCGCGGCGAGGCCAGCGACGAGGACAGCGUUAACUGAGCCCCCCACCCCCAACUCCCCCCCCCCCGGGGCUGUUUUGUCCCUGUCGUCCCCCCCAACGCAGUUUGUGUCUCUCUCUUGCACGCACCUACACGUGCACC